UGUUCUGUGCCAAUAAACAAAUGUCAUUCUGUAGAUUUUCAAUUAAGAGUCACUUGAUUUUAAAAUCACAAAAUAUUUUAAUUAACAAUGGGUGCAGAAUUACUUUUAGGCGUCAGAUUAACAUCUCAAUCUUUAAAAACUAUUAAAUUAAAUGAUGUAGACUUGAAAACAAAAGUGGAAAAUUUACGAGUUGAAACUGCAGUGAAGACUGAACUACCUAAAGAUUCGUUUGAACUUAUUUACUGUGGAUGUAUCCUAGAAGAUGAUGUUACUUUGGAAUCUUGUGGUCUAAAAAAUGGAGCAAUGGUUCAUGUUUUGAAGAAAAAAGAACCUGAAAAACCAGUGCCAGCUAAAUCGAUAUCAGAAGGAAGCAUUUUUCAAAUUGCCUCUGCAUUUAGAUCAUUUGUCGAAAACCCAGCACUAAGAAGUGCAUUGCAUAGAUUGAGCAAACGUCCAGAAGUAAUAGAAAAUAUUAUCUUGACCACUCCAGGUCUUAGUGAUGACCCUGUUGCUAUUGCUAUGCUCCAAGAUCCUGACUUGAUGGCUCAUUUUACUGAUUCUGAUACUGUAAAAAGGAUUGCAGAAUUACAUCCAAUUUUGGUAGAAGCAGCUCAAUUAAUAGCCACAGCAGUUCAUGAAGAAGCUCACAACUCGGCUGCAUCUGGACCAAGUUCAUCAACAAUGACAGCACCAUCAACAGCGUAUUCUUACAGUCUUGAUAAUUUAAGUGACGAUGAAGAGAUGGCUGGAGAUUCAUCUCAAUCUUCAGAUUCAGCUCAGCAUAAUGCAUCAUCUGGAACCGGUGGAGGUGCUGCUAUUACUACAGCUCAACUUGCAGUAGCUCUUUCUCGAGCUGGAGCUGGAACUGGAGUUGGGGCAAGAUCGUUUCCCCUGUCUAGUUCAUCAUCAUCUACAUCAACGGGAAGUUUAAACUCUGUCAUAACAACAGAAAUGUUUAAUCAAGCCAUGCAACAGGCUUUUGCAAGUGCAUCAAAUAUCAGUGGAUUACCACCAAUGCCACCUACACUACCUCAAGCGUCUGAUCUUCAGCCACAACUUGCUCAGAUGCAUGAAAUUGGUCUUCACGAUGAUUCUGUUAACAUACAAGCCUUACAAUUUACCAAUGGAGAUGUCCAAGCGGCUAUUGAUCUUGUAUUUAGUGGUUUUAGUGAUAAUUAGUGAAAAUGUAAAAAAAAAACAUUAUAAUUAAGUGGAAAAAAAUUAAUUGGAGUAAUGAAACUUUCAUUGAUAUUCUGAAGAAAUUCAUUGAGUUGGACUUUGUUAUAAAUUGGAAUAUUACACUCCAUAUAUUUAAAAUUGACGACGAAUUUUAUUUAUCAUAAACAAAUGUUUGGUUAAGUAUAUAAUUCUUGUUUUGUUUAAUCAAUAUUUUUCUUUCUAGACGAAACUUGAUCUACUUCUAAACAGAGUUUAACUGUGGGUGACAUUUUUGAUUGAAAGGAAUUUUGUACAAUUAUACUUGAAUAUAAUAAAAGAAGAGAUAGAAGAAGGUUUA